AUGCCCGACUGGAUAGAGUCACCGCAUCCGCAUAUCCAGCAUUCCUUGAUCACAUUCCCAGCAAAACACAUUCUCCAAGUCACCAUCAACCGCCCAGAAGCCCGCAAUUGCCUCCCAGUAGAGGGCACUAUCGAGCUCGGCGCACUGUGGAAAUGGUACGAUGCAGAGCCCGAGUUACGGGUAGCUGUCUUUACAGGCGCAGGCGACAAGGCAUUCUGCGCGGGCAUGGACUUGAAGCAGAGAUUCGACAUCCUAGAUACAGGUGAUAUCGCGCAUGACUAUCCGCCGGGGCAAUUUGCUGGAAUGAGCAACCGCGCGGGAAAGAAGCCCAUUAUCGUUGCGUGUAAUGGGCAUGCACAUGGCGGAGGCUUUGAAGCCAUCCUGAACGCAGACGUAAUAUUCGCUUCGCCAAACGCUACCUUUGCCCUUCCCGAGGUCCUACGCGGUGUCUCAGCACUUGCUGGUGCUCUGCCACGCGCCUUCCUUCUCUUCGGUAACCACCGCGCCAUGGACCUCAUCCUCACCGGCCGCCGGCUCUCUGUGGAGGAGGCGCAUGCUUGGGGUCUAGUCAAAGAAAUUGUGCCGCAAGAACAACUGUUAGAGAAGACAAUAGAGUACGCAAAGCUUAUCGCGAGCUUAAGUCCUGAUAGCGUUAUUAUCUCCAGGAUGGCGGCAAGGGAGGCAUGGGAGACGGGCGUUAGUCGCGCGACGAUGAGAGGGCAGGAGUUGUGGGCGGAGAACAUGCUGAGGAGCGAGAAUGCGAGAGAAGGACUGCAGGCAUAUAAGGAGAAGAGAGAACCGAGGUGGAAGAGAAGUCAUCUGUGA